CAAAUGAACUUUAACCUUGGUGGUUCAGCUUCGCAGUGAUUUUUCAACAAGCAUGGCGGCCAUAGGAGUACAUUUCGGCUACACAUGUGCCUGUGUCGCUAUUUUUAAGGAUGGCCGAGCGGAGGUGGUCGCCAAUGACGCCGGAGACCGAGUCACUCCUGCCGUGGUGGCUUACCGAGACACGGAACAGAUAGUAGGGAUUGCGGCUAAGCAGGGUCGUGUCCGAAACGCAGCCAACACUGUGGUUAAAGUCAAACAGGUGCUGGGGAGGAGUUUUGAGGAUCCUGAGGUGCAGACGCAUAAAGCUGAGAGUAAAUGUCCUGUUGUCAACAAGGAGAGAAGCCAGAGAGAAGCCAGUUAUGAGAUGACACUGAUCCCAAUUCCCCCUCCCCUGAUCCUACACAAGAUGAAAGAGACUGCUCAAUCGGCCUUGGGCGCUGAUGUCACAGAGGCUGUCAUCACUGUCCCCUUUGAGUUCGCACAUGCUCAGAAGGCGGCGUUGAGGGCGGCUGCGGAGGCGGCAGGGUUCCGUGUGUUGAGGCUGAUCCACGAGCCAGCUGCUGCUCUGCUGGCCUACGGAAUCGGACAGGACUGCCCCUCUGGGAAGAGACACCACCUGGCUGCAGAGUUCAAACGGUCGUAUAAACAGGAUGUUAGUAGUAACCCACGGGCCAUGUUAAAGCUGAUGAACGGAGCAGACAUGGCCAAACAUUCUCUCUCCACGCUGGGUUCUGCUAAUUGCUUCGUUGACUCGCUACACGACGGCAUGGACUUCGACUGCAACAUCUCCAGGGCCCGUUUUGAGCUGCUGUGUUCUUCCCUGUUCAACAAGAGUGUCCAACCAAUCAGAAGCCUGCUGGAGACGACUGGGCUCUCUACUAGCGACAUCAACAAGGUGGUUCUCUGCGGGGGCUCUGCGAGGAUUCCUCGGCUGCAGCAGAUGAUCAAAGAUCUGUUCGCUGACGUGGAGCUGCUCAGCUCCGCCCCUCCUGAUGAGGUCAUAGCAGUCGGCGCAGCGAUGGAAGCGGGCCUUCUAGUCGGGCGGGAGAUUGGCUCCUCCCCAGAGUCUGUUACCGUGGAAGCCUGUGUCUCAGACAUUCUGCUCAAGGAGGUGGAUGAAACAGGGGCUGAGGUGUUCUCUGUGCUCCUCCCCUCGGGCACGCCCCUUCCUGCUCGGCGACAUCACAUCCUGUCUGGUCCUGGCCGCCUGGCAUCCCUCUGUCUGGAGCUUUACCAGAAAACCACAGAGCAGCCAGAGAGACUGGCCAAGAUUGUUCUGAGAGACCUGGAGACCAAAGAGGACAACCAUGACAUUGAUGCCGUGGUGACCAUGAAGAGGGACGGCUCUCUCCAUGUGAGCUGUGUGGAGCAGAACAGUGGGAAGACUGAAGCCAUCAGUAUAUCAGCAGCCUCCUGAUUUCACCACCAGCUCCAAGUUAAUGUCACUAUACUUGUUGAAGUUCCUUUUAAAGUUUAAAUAAAGACAUUUUGGUUUAA